CUUAGCUGUCAAGUCAGAAAAAGCUGAUGAAAUUUUAGUAAUUUGAAAUUUCUGCAAUUUUUUAGGGAUAUUUCGGAAUAUAUUGCUGAGUUUGCUGCGAAAUUACGAGUUACAUAAUUAAUCAUGGCUGAAGAUGAUGCGAUAUUUGACCCUUCAUUGAUGAAGAAGAAGAAAAAGAAGAAGACUCCAUUUGACCUCGAUGGUGCACUUGGGGUUGAUGACGGUGAUGUUGAAACACCCACUACCGGCGAUGGUUCUCUACCACUGGACAGUAACAAUGCGAUAGGAUUGGAUGGAGUCACCGCAAACGAUUUGGAUGAUAAUUUAGACCUCGAAAGUUUCGGCAAGAAAAAGAAAAAAAAGAAGAAGCCGUUUAAUCUGGAUGAGCUGGAUACUGCUCUUGCGGUUGCUUCCGAGGGAAAAACCGAGAGCGAAAAAGAAGGCAAGGAAGCUGGAAAAAUGGAUGAUGCCGAUGGAGCCGUUUUCAGUAUUGGCGAUGAUGGACUGGAUGACGAUGAUAUGAAGAUCGAUUUCAGCAUGAAAAAGAAAAAGAAGAAGAAGAAGGAUCUUACGGAACUGAUGGAGGCAGAGGAAGCUGCUCGCGAAGAGGAAAAGGAGAAUGUGGAUGAACACAGUACGACAUGGGCUGGCUCUGAUCGUGAUUACACAUAUGACGAGCUAUUGCAGCGUGUUUUCGAAAUCAUUCUGGACAAGAAUCCUGAUAUGGCCGGUGGACGAAAGCCUAAAUUUGUCAUGCGUCCCCCUCAGGUGCUGCGCGUUGGCACGAAAAAGACUUCAUUUGCUAACUUUACUGAAAUAUGCAAAACUUUGCAUCGUCAGCCGAAACAUUUACUAGACUUUUUGUUAGCCGAAUUGGGAACCAGCGGUUCGGUGGACGGCAAUUCGCAGCUCAUCAUCAAGGGUCGAUUCCAGCCGAAGCAGAUCGAGAACGUUUUGCGACGGUACAUCAAGGAGUAUGUAACAUGCCACACCUGCCGUUCGCCUGAAACUCUUCUCCAGAAGGACACACGUCUAUUCUUCCUGCAGUGCGAAUCAUGUGGGUCACGCUGUUCAGUGGCUAGUAUUAAAUCUGGUUUCCAGGCCGUUACUAGCAAGCGAGCGGCUAUUAGAGCGAAAACGGCUUAAACUUGAUUCUUGUUUUUGGUUGCUUAACUGUACCGCUCAGUUGUUUAUGACCAACGUUUAGUUCCGUGUAUCUACGACAUUCAUAAGGUGAAAAACAGAAUAGAAUGGGAUUUGCAAAAAAAAAAAACUAGUUUAAAGUUUAUCUCGAUCACGCGUUAUAUUCUUUUGUGCUGGAAUGAUACUUUUUUUUAGAAUAUGUGCGCGGAAAUAUACAUCAAAAUUACUCAAUUUUAUAAACUUCUUAUCAGCGUAAUUAAAUGCACUUGAAAAUA